GCUUCCGGUACCGGUGCAUCUUUCCCUUCCCUCUGUCCUGGCUCCCGCCGCCACGAGGCUUGGGUGGAGAGCGGGCUGAUAGGGGCCUUCCACCCGCCGCAGGUUGGGGGCUUGACCGCUGCCGUCGCCGCCUUUUGUGUGGGCCUCGCCGGGGCAGGCAGGGACACCCCCACCCAGCCCAGCACGGGAUUUCUCACAGCGCGGUGGCAGGGUAGGACGUAGGGCAUCGUCAGCGCGCCGGUCAGCGGGACCGCGGUAGUCGUCCCAUGGGGAGAGGCGAGCGGUGGGGCGGGCCUGUCCGCGGACUGUGGCGACGGCCGCUGGCUUUCGAGCUCCCCGGCGACCCCCGGGCCCGCCGCGCCGUUCCCUGAGGCGACCUCUGUCUUGGCCCGGCGGUGGAAGGCGGAAGAGGGCCGCACCAUGCCGGAGCAGGCCGUGCUGCGGGCUGCUGUUCCAGUUUGAAAGUACCUCUGAGUUAUUGUCUGCUUUCCCGGAAUGGUUGUUUUUUCUCACCUCCCACGGAGGAAUGAGUUAGGCUCGGAGCUGGCGCCUGCUCGGGUACCCGUGCAGAGCCCUCGGUAAGCCAAGAGAGAGCUGUUCCCUGGGCUGCUUCCCUCACCCUUCCCAAAUGUGAGCACAUCACAGCCAGCAUGGAGAAGGACCUCCUCUUGUCUUCAAGGCACUUGCUUCUGCCUCCUGUUCUUUUGAUGAAAAAAGAAAAAGCCAAACCAAAGUAGUCCACAAAGAACUUGUGCUGAUCCAAGGAGGAGGCUCUGGAGUCUUGGUAACUUCUUUUGCUUCUCAGGAUCCUGGCUGUGGUCUGGAUUUUCUGUCCUUGACUUUAGCAGAUCAGCUACAGGGAAUCAGGAUCUUGGAUACUUUCAAUUUUUGUUUUUAAUUGAACCCUUUCCACCAAGAAACUGAAGCUGUUGCUGCUAAAAUCCCGUGGUUUUUCCCAAGCAUGUCAGAAAGCUGGCAGCAGCAACAGCAGCAACCACCACAGCCACCGCAGCAGCACCACACUGGGGCAGCUGCCCUCCCAGAACACUCCAUCCCACCCAGCACUGCUGACAACCCCUUGGGCUGUGCUGUCUACGGCAUCCUGCUCCAGCCAGACCCUGGUCUGCAGCACCAGCAGCACACCUCCCUUCAGGCUGGUGAGCUAUCCCACAAAUGUGGAGUGUGUGGCCAUGACCUUGCUCACCUCUCCAACCCCCAUGAGCACCAGUGCUUGCCAGGCCAUGACCGUUCUUUCCAGUGUACCCAGUGCCUAAAGAUCUUCCACCAGGCCACUGACCUUCUUGAACACCAGUGCAUUCAGGUGGAGCAGAAGCCCUUUGUGUGUGGUGUCUGCAAGAUGGGCUUCUCCCUCCUGACCUCACUGGCGCAGCACCAUAGUAUCCACAAUAGCAGUGCCAUGAAGUGCUCUAUCUGUGAGAAGACCUACAAGCCCCCCGAGGCAGAACAUUCACAGCCUCUUGAUGCCUCAGAGAAACCCUACAGCUGCUCCAUCUGUCAGAAAACCUUCAAGCACCUCUCGGAGCUGUCUCGGCAUGAGCGCAUCCACACGGGUGAGAAGCCUUACAAGUGCACACUGUGCGACAAGAGCUUCAGUCAGUCAUCCCACCUGGUGCACCACAAGCGAACACACAGCUCGGAGCGGCCCUACAAGUGCACGGUGUGCGAGAAGACCUUCAAGCACCGCUCCCAUCUGGUGCGCCACAUGUAUGCGCACUCUGGGGAGCACCUUUUCAAGUGCAACAUCUGCGAGCUGCGCUUCAAGGAGUCAUCGGAGCUGUUGCAGCACCCCUGCAUGCCCAGCGGGGAGCGGCCCUUCCACUGUGGUGAGUGCCAGAAGGCUUUCAGGCGUCCAUCUGACCUGCGGCAGCAUGAACGCACGCACAGUGAGGAACGGCCCUUCAAGUGUGACCUGUGCCAGAUGAGCUUCAAGCAGCAGUACACACUGAUGCGCCACCGCCGCACACACAAGGCUGAGGAGCCCUUCAAGUGCAACCUGUGUGAGAAGGGCUUUGUGCAGCCCUCACACUUGGUGUACCACCAGCACAUGCAUGGCAUAGAAAACCUCUUCAAGUGCAACAUGUGCCAGAAGGGCUUCAGCCAGUCCUCGGAGCUGCUGCGGCACAAGUGCAUGCAGAACGCAGAGCGUCCCUUCAAGUGCGGCAUAUGCAACAAGACCUACAAGCGGGCCUCGGCACUGCAGAAACACCAGCAGGCCCACUGCUCCGAGAAGCCCCUCAAGUGCGCGCUCUGUGAGAGACGUUUCUUCUCCUCGUCUGAGUUUGUGCAGCACCACUGUGAUCCCGCCCGUGAGAAGCCCCUCCAGUGCCCUGACUGUGACAAGCGGUUCAGGUACGCCUCGGACCUACAACGCCACCAGCGCGUGCACACCGGUGAGAAGCCCUACAAGUGCCCCUCCUGUGAGAAGGCCUUCAAGCAGCGUGAACACCUCAACAAGCACCACAGUGUGCAUGCUCGGGAGCAGCAGUACAAGUGCAUGUGGUGUGGGGAGCGGUUCCUGGACUUGGGCUUGCUGCAGGAGCACAGCAUCCAGCACACAGCUGAGGGUGCCUACCAGGUGGCUGCCUGCUUGUCAUGAGCCUUCUGCCCCUUGGCAGCUUGCAGCUUGCAUGUGAUGCUCCAGAGCCUCAGCCUCCCCUUCCCUCUCCUCAGUUGUAGACAGAGUUUGGGGGAUAUGGAAGGCACGCAGGCAGGUAAACUUUCCUCUGGCUUGUGUGGUUGCUAUACCACUUGUAUUGCAGGGGCAAUGGAUGAUGUGAAAAGCUCGAAGGGGUGGAGAGGAAAGGAGGGGGAGGUGGGGAGAGGAAGCAAUGCCUGUAGUUGCUUGGUGUCCCCUGGACUGUAGUUCACACUCUACCUGCAGAUCUAGUGCUGGGAGCUCAGCUGUGGGCACCAGCCCUUUGCAUGCAGCCUUUAUUCCCUGCCCUGCCUGAUGGGGUUGGUGUAAAGGGCUGGGUGACUCCUCCUGAGAGUGCUUGGGAGCAAGGCAGAGAGAAAUGGCCCUCCCUUCUCCUGGGCUGCAUUUCUCAGCAAGGAAGUAGCGGGAUUCUGCUGCUGGGAUCUCCCACCUUUCUUGGUCCAAGCUCAGUUGCAAGGACCAAUUCAUUAGUGUUUUCACUGCCCCGAACUCACCUGCUCUCCUUCUUUCUAGAGAGUAGAAAGGGAAAAACUGUGGGGGCUGCACAGCUCCAAAAAGCACUUUGGCAUUGCUGCUUUUGCAGUUGCUGGCUGUCACACCCUGGUCCUGAGUGAGCCUGCCCAUCCCUGCCAGCAGCACGGGGAGGAGUAGCAAGCGCCAUGCCACUACCAGAGAAAGUGGUGAGGAGUGUCUCCAUGCACUGCUCCUGACUGAGAGCCUGCUUCCUGAGGGACCCAGCUCUCCUGCCAGGACUUCUCCCCAGCCCCUGGGCCCCUUUGCACCGCUUAGGCCAUUAGCAUCUUUCCAGAGGCAUCAGGCAAAAGGCCCUCCCAGCAGUUUGAACACUAAAGGGUGAGAACACCACUAAUAACCUAUGACUGAGAGGUGUUACCCUUGCCAACAGGAACCCACACUGCCACGUGCUAGGGGCUUGGUGGCUGAUUUGCUGGGGAGAACCAGAGCAAGCCAGGAGCAUCCAUCCUGGCCUACAGGCUGGAUCCACAGGGAGGAGAAGGUCAGCAGUGGGUAAAGGAGGAGUGCAUUUUUCCCCCCUCUUGUGGGAGUCGUGUUUUACCCCUUUACUCUUUCUUUACCUCUUCUGUAUUUUUCAGGUUUUGCACAGUUCUUGUAAACAUCACUUACAAAUAAAUUUCCCUUAGCAAGGUCAAUGUAGCCUCAGGUGUUUUCCUCUGUAGGAAUUUGCUGGCUUCUUAUGACUGAGAGACCUUUUACAUGCCAGUUAGGUGCCUUGGAGGUUGAAGGUGUGCUCACUAGGUUGCCCAUCAGCCUUUCCCUCUCUGUCUUUGGAGAUAUUAAGAUGUUAAACAUCCAUCUGUGGAGAUACUCAGGCCCUUGCUGGAUGUGGUCCUGGACAACCUGCUGUAGCUGACCUUGUGCAAUCAGGUUGGACAAGAUGGUUCCCAGAGGUUCCUGCCUGCCUCAGCUCUUCUGUGCUAUUGGCUGGCCCUUGUGUGAGGUAAGAGUGAUGUGAUAAGCUGUAAUUAGUGAGCAGCAGCCAGGAAGUUGCCCAUGUGCUGCACAGGUGAUAAGGACAAGGUUAAUAAAUGUUGUACACAGCAAGUAUAGGCAGAUGAACCUUGCAGAGGGCUGGGCAGUGUCUGCUUUGCUGGUCAGGGAUGCUCAUCUAAAAGGUGGAGUACGGCUUUUGUUUUGAGGAUGGUGAGGGGGGACAGGGACAGUUCAGUGACAGGUCUGACCCUGGGGCUCAGUCCUUUUCAUCUGCAGCUUUAAGCAGGUUAAAGCAGACCUAGCUCUCUGCUGCCCAAGGAAGAGGGACCGAUGGUUAUCUUCAUGCUGCCUCAAAGAUGUAGAACUUCCAACUGAGUUUUGUUUGGGUUUAUUUCCUUUUUUAUUUUGUUUUGCCUUUUUUUUAAAGCAGUUUUUUAAUAUUAAUUAAAAAUACUGUAUAGUUUAACUUGAUGUCAUACUGGAUCUUUUAAACAAACAAAAGUGAUAACUUGGAUUUUUAAAGAGCUCUUUGGUUUUAAGUAGCUGGGUUUUGCUGUUUUAAUAUGUAGCAAGUUCAGUGUAUGCUUUACUGCCAGCUAAGGAGUGUGGCACCUGCCCGAGCUCCACAUAGCUGCCACUGGUCCCACAGAGCCAGGGGUUCAGCAGCAGCUAGGAUCAGUGCCCAGAGCUGAGAGCUUGCAGGGAAGCUCGUCUUUAGUAGGAGCAGGAUGUGAAAUGGAGGCUGCUGGAGCCUCCAGGGGCUUUUGUGGUUCUGUUUCUGGGGCAGCUGCUGGCUAGAGGAGGGGGUUGGAGGAAUUAUUGGCAUGGCCCCUGGGUGGCUGUGCCCUGCUCUCUUCCUUCUCCAGAGGCCUGAGUGGCUGGACAGCCUUUGGGUGCUUGGGGCAGUGUGCUCCAGGCACAGCUCUGCACCAUACACUGGCCAUGAAGCUGCUGGAUCACAUCCUCUUGGUACCCUCUGGGCACAGGGACUGGUGGGGAGCAUUUGUUUCCCUCAAGCUGCACAGUUGGGAAAGCCCUUGUUGUCCCAGCAAAGAGCUCCAGCUCUGCUUAGGAUGUGGCAGCAGCCAAGCAGCACCCUGGGCAGAUAGAGCAUCAUCUGGUCUGCGUGGUCAGGGCCCCAUGCCUGGGAGAAAAGGAUGCUAUGGGGAACUUGCUGGGGACAAGUUCAGGUCAUCAACCAGUGCCUGUGAGUUGGUGCUUCCAGGUUCAGAAACAUCUUGGUGCAAUAUUAGAGCAUCAUUAGGUAGGACUGGCUGUGGUGACUUGGUCACUUCUUGUUUGCUGCAGUGCGGCUGCCCAAAUCCAGAAGCCCAUGUUGGCUUCUGCUGCCAGACCUUAGUGCUAGUGGGUGGAGGACCCAUGUGGACCAGGCUGCUGAGUGGCCACCAAGAGCCUUAGGAGUGUUUUUAUUGGGGGGGUUCUAGUUGGAAGUAGCUGUCUUGUUUAGGGGUGGGCUGCUGGAGCAGGUUGAGCUCUGCUGCUGUACCUUUAGGUCCUGUUUUGACCUAUGAGGUGAUUGAAAUGGCAGGAGGCACGUGAGUGUCAGGAGUGUGGUGCUGGGUGGGGAGGUAGGAGCUGGCCAGGGACCUACCACCAAGGGCUCUGUUAACUGCUGGUGUUUCCUUUUCAAACCAAAGGGCAGUUGUGGCCAAAGCCUCUUGUGAUUAAAGUGUGUUUCUACUCUGUACUUGUGUUGCACUUCACUUCUGACAUUUAUUUCAAGAGACUUUGAGGCUUCAUGCUGCCUUCACUUGGCCUCUAUCAUC